AUGGAGGAAGAACAACCAGAAUUCAUCCAGUUUACCCCCAAUGUUUUUUCCAGAAUUGCGCCUGAUAUCUACCUGGAAAGAAAUUUGAAAGAGGGGAUCAGGCCGAAUCUGAGAAAGUACGAAGAGUUCAGAAGCGUUCAAGUUAAUAAUAAAGGGUUUGGAAGAUAUGACGAGUCAAAUCCUACCAAGUCAUCCGUUCUCGGUUCUUCGGUGGUCAAGGUCGGUAAGACCACAGUAAUAUGCGCCAUAACAGGAGGAAUAGUAUCUGAUGACGAUAUUUUGGAUCAGGCCACUACGUCUUCUAAUCCGUUUGCUACUGUAUAUCCAUUGGUGGAGAUUGCAAGAGGUAGAUCGGGUGCAUGCACCGAUGAAGAGAUGAUUAUAGCUCAAAAGUUAUAUGAAACACUCAAAAGCUCAGGCAUUAUUCGCAAAUCAGCGCUAAAGAUCAGGUAUGGAUAUAAACAUCGAACGAGUGAUGAUAAAGUUGAAGUCAUAUUUCCACGCAACGGUCCACAAACAGAUGGUACUAAUGACGAUAAUGAUCAGGUGAUGGCAGAUGGAAACACAGCAGAAACAAUACCCUUCGAAGAUAAACAAUACUCAUUCGUUCUAUACGCUAAUUUGCAAGUGUUCUCGCGUACUGGACCUCCCUUUGACAUAUGUUGGACAGCGUUAAUAAAGGCUCUGAAAAAUACCAAGCUACCAUAUACAUUCCUAGACGAAGACACCACAAGUUCCAGAACAGUUAAGUCUCGGUCAGGGGCUAACGCUACAAUUGAAAGAUCUCAGUUGAUUUGCGAUCCGGUUUUGAAUUAUCCGAUUAAGCUCGAAGAGAAAAAAAUAGGUUAUUCUUCAACUUUCGGACUGGUCACGAUUCCAGAUGGAGAGAAGUCCCAAGAAAUUCUACUGGCUGAUAUAGAAGGCGAAUCAGAAGAGAGCGCAUCUACAUCCCUCGUGCAUGUGGUGGUAGCGGGAGAUAAGUUAACUUCACUUACCAUCCACGGGGGUUCAAAGGCUGGAGGAAAUGGAUCUCGCAUAACCAAAGACUUUAUCAAAAAAUCGAUAGAUUUAGCACAUCAGCGUUCAUUACACCUAUCUAGUAUAUAA